AUGUCUACAUUUGCAGACCAAAAGUUUGAUUCAAAACAUUACAAGGAUAACAGACCAACAUACCCUGAAUCUUUAUAUAACGCCAUUCUUUCAUAUCAUAAGGGUGAAAGAGAAACUGCAGUUGACGUUGGUUGUGGUACUGGUAUUGGAACUUUCCCUUUAUUGAAAUACUUCCAUCAUGUUAUUGGUACUGAUCCUUCAAGUAAGAUGUUAGAACCAGCUAACGAACUAAAAAAAGAAUUUGAACAAAAAAACACUGACAAAACUAUAAAAUUUUUGUGUUGUAAAGCUGAAAACCUGAGCUCUGUUCUUCCACCAGAUUCAGUUGAUUUAAUCACUUGUGCAGAAGCCAUUCAUUGGUUUGAUACAGACAAGUUCUUCAAGGAAGCUUAUAAAGUUUUGAAAACUAAUGGCACGUUGGCUAUUUGGGCUUAUGUCGAACCAAGGUUUCUUGAUUAUCCAAAGGCAAACGAAAUUUAUGAGAAAUUUGUUUUUAACGAUGAUAGAUAUAUGGGCCUAUGCUGGCAAUAG